UAUAGUUCGUUAUUGAGGAUAAUGUAUAGAUUAUUUUACAUAGGGAAAGAUAUUUAUACGCUAUAGUUAAUUGUAACUGUUUAAUUUCAACUUAUGUUUACAUUAAAUGACAUCCUUAAGCCAACUUUACUAAGAUUGAUCGCUAUUUUCGUGUUAUACAUCUAUAAUCAUCUUGUUGUUAAAGAUUUGAAGCUUUGCUGCGAUAAUACAGCAGAGAAUUAUUCUCAUUAUGAUUUGGUCGUUGGAAUACUUUCAUCGCGCGGCAACUUUGAUUUGAGGCAAAGUUUACGUGAAUCAUGGGUUGGCUAUGCAAGACGACAUUCAUCUCUAAAUAAAAGAGUGUUGGUGAAGUUCAUCGUUUCAAAUAAUGCAUGUUACGUUCCUCCAGAGUUCAGCAUUGAUCCUUACAAAUGCGAAAGAAAGAAAUUCGAAUCUCCAAACUACGAAAAUGAAGUAAUUGCUUACAAACGAGCAAAUGAAGAAAAUUUGAGAUAUUUUCACAGUGGAUCUAUCGGAUGGGACUUUGAUAUCAUCCGUCCCAUUAUUUUGACUCGUCUUGGCAUCUCUUUAUCAUCGUUGAAUUCAAAAAGAAACUCUUCUGUUCGACUCUACGACAGAACAACUAAGAGCGAAAUUAUAUCUGUUUAUUUCUCUUUCCAAGACCCUGGUACAACAGAAAACGGUUCGUCGUUUAAAGCAAUUGAAAACUUUAUUUUGCCAAAGCAAUCCAGUAUCAGACUCUCUUAAAUUAUUUGCUGAAAAUGAAAUGAUGCUUACCGUAUCAUGGCAAUGAUAGCGAGACGAAACUUGGCGUAAGUUAUUUCCUUUGGGAAAUUCAAACUACUCGAAGACACUUGCCUUUGUACAUAUGCAACAUAAUAUUUGUACAUAGGUAAACUGAACAAGAAUAAAAAAGAAAAAACAUUCAAAA